UGUGUGUGUGUGUGUGUGUGUGUGUGUGUGUGUGUGUGUGUGUGUGUGUGUGUGUGUGUGUGUGUAUGAACAGCAUGGCCAACAUCGCGGUCCAGCGGAUCAAACGGGAGUUUAAAGAGGUCCUGAAAAGCGAAGAGACGAGUAAAAACCAAAUCAAGGUGGAUUUAGUGGAUGAGAAUUUCACAGAACUGAAGGGGGAGAUCGCAGGACCGCCAGACACGCCUUAUGAAGGAGGCAGAUAUCAACUAGAAAUUAAAAUUCCAGAUACAUAUCCAUUUAAUCCACCAAAGGUUCGGUUUAUAACAAAGAUCUGGCAUCCCAACAUCAGCUCAGUAACAGGCGCCAUAUGUUUGGACAUCCUGAAGGACCAGUGGGCAGCGGCGAUGACCCUCCGAACAGUUUUACUGUCACUACAGGCUCUUCUGGCCGCCGCUGAACCAGAUGACCCACAGGACGCUGUAGUUGCCAAUCAGUAUAAACAGAACCCAGAGAUGUUCAAACAGACGGCUCGACUCUGGUCGCAUGUUUACGCAGGAGCUCCUGUCUCCAGCCCAGAAUACACUCGCAAAAUAGACAAGCUCUGUGCCAUGGGCUUUGAUCAAAACGCAGUAAUCGUGGCGUUGUCGUCGAAAUCCUGGGACGAGGAGACGGCGACAGAACUCUUGCUUAGCAACUGAGUCCAGCCUGAGGGACCAAGCACCUUAUCUCACACAAUCCCAGCCUCAAUCUCCUCCUCCUCAGCUCACACUACCUUCAUCUUUCUGUCAUCUUUUCCCAUUCCUCUGUUUGGAUAAGUUCAUCUCAUACUGAGAAUGCCAUCAUCUUUAUGUUGUUUUAAACUUAUCUGACUUCAUUUCUUCAGCAGAAGACGUUUAGCUGAAUGUUCACGCCGCUCUUUAUAUAAGGAACUGGCUGGUGAUUUGGCCUCCACCCGCUUUCCUUGUAUAAUGCAGAAUGGUGUGGAAGCUUGUUUCCACC